AUGGGUACCAAAAAAUCUGUAUGUGAUGAGAGUUCAGUGCCAAAUAACGUGGAGAAAACUGAAGAGGCACAACCAGUGGACGACUUUCUUUUGCUCAGAAAACGUGGAUACAACGUCAUUCGUAAUAUAGGUGAAGGGUCAUUUUCCAAAGUAAAGUCUGCUUACUCAGAGCGCCAUAAGAAACACGUUGCUGUAAAGAUAAUCAACAGAAGAAAGUUGUCCAUUCAUUUUCUGGAAAAGUUCUUGCCACGAGAACUUGACAUCCUCCCAUCCCUUAACCAUCGGCACAUUGUGAAGACCUAUGAAAUCUUUGAGACAGCCGAGGGUAAAGUCUACAUAGUGAUGGAGCUUGGCGUGCACGGGAACCUUCUGGAUUUCAUCAAGAACCAGGGAGCCCUGCCGGACCAUCUGAGCAGGAAGCUCUUCACCCAGCUCUCACUCGCCGUCAAAUUCACCCACGACCUGGACAUCGCUCACAGGGACCUGAAGUGUGAGAACCUGCUUCUGGACAAGGACUUCAACCUCAAGGUUUCGGACUUCGGGUUCAGCAAGAGGAUCGCCUACGACGACAGCGGGAAGGUCAUCCUGAGCAAAACCUUCUGCGGGUCACGUGCGUACGCACCUCCCGAGAUCCUACAGCACCAGCCCUACAACCCCAAGGUGUACGACAUCUGGAGCAUGGGCGUCAUCCUGUACACCAUGGCGUUCGGAACGAUGCCGUUCGAUGAUUCAAACUUGAGGAAAAUGCUGGAGAUUCAGAAGGAGCACCGCUUCCAGUUCCCCCUGAAAACGGUGUCCACGGAGUGCAAGAACCUGAUCCACCGCAUGCUCCACCCGAACGCACAGAGGAGGAUUCCCAUCCUGACCAUUGUUGAACACCCCUGGCUACAGGACAGACACAAACUGCAAGAGGCUAACAGACAUCCGCAAGAGGAGCCAUCAACCAGCGCAGGGUCUGCCAUUACACACGUGGAAAGAAAGUCGGCAAAUUCACAGAAAGGAUUAGGAAGAGAAGCACCCGCCACUGCUAAAGUGGGACAGUGA